UGUGUGGUUCCGUGCCAGCAUCCGCAAACCGUGUGGUUCCGCGCGAGCAUCCACUGCGUGGUCCACGCACGUCCGACGAUGAUGAAUCCCGAAAUGAUGAAGGCGGCGACCGACAUGAUGUCCAAGAUGUCGCCCGAGGAGAUGAAUCAAAUGAUGGAGAUGACAAAGAAGAUGGACCCGUCGAUGAUGGCGCAGGCGCAGGCGAUGAUGAACAACCCCGCGAUGGCGGCGCAGGCGCAGCAGGCGAUGCAGAACCUCUCCCCUCAAGAGCUCAAGUCGCGCAUGGCCGGCGCGUCUGCGGCGAUGGGAGGAGCGCCCGCCGCGCCAAAGCCGAAGUCUGCGGUGGAGCAGCUCAAGGGGUCUUCGAUGGUGAUCGACGAGGAGGUGCUCAGCCACGUCGAGCGCGCCGAGGCGCUCAAGCUCAAGGGCAACACGCACUUCAAGGCGGCCGAGUACGAGGCGGCGAUCGGCGAGUACGAGCAAGGCUGUGCCUUGGCGGAGGAGGCGAUCCGCGAGCUGUCCGGCGUCGACGAGAAGGCGCGGCCGCACCGGCCCGCCGCACGCGAUCGGGCGCCUCCGCGCUGUUUCAGAGGCCUGGCCAGGGGCACCUGCAGGGGGGCAGUCAUCGAGCUGCUACACGCCUGCCACCUCAACACCGCCUCGUGCCGCCUCAAGCUGCGGCAGUGGGGCGAGGCGGUCGAGGCGGCGAACACGGUCCUGCGCGACGGGCCGCACCGCAAGGCCCUCUUCCGGCGCGGGCAGGCGUACCAGCAGCUCGCCCGCCUCGACGAGGCUCGCACCGACCUCAAAAAGGCGCAGCGCCGCCGCCCCGCGCCCGCGGCCGCCAUGGACCGGUCCGACGCGACGGUCGCCGCCGCGCUCGCCGAGGUCGAAAAGGCUCUCGGCGUCGAGCCGUCGCCGCCGCCGGCCGCGCCGCCCGCCGCCGCCGCCGCCGCGCGGCCUCCGCCCGGUGGAGUGCCGACGAAGCCCGACGGCUCUCCCGACUACGCGCAGAUGGAGGCGACGGGCCGUCGCCGGGGUGCGGAGAUGAUGCAAAACAUGGACCCCGCGCAGCUGGCCGCCAUGAACCCGCAGUUUGCGGGCAUGGACCCGGCGCAGGCGAGGGAGCCCUCCCUUCUCUCCGGCCGGAGCCACUCUCCCCCCUUCGGCGCGGCCGAAGCGCCGCCUCGACCCCUCUCCCCUUCCGCCACCUCGCCCGCAGAUCAAGGCGAUGCGAACAUGAGCCCGGAGAUGAUGCAGGCGGGGAUGGACAUGGUCGCGAACAUGGACCCGGCGGCCCUCGCAGACAUGGCCAAGAUGAUGGGCAUGGAUGCCGGACAGGCGUCAAAGCUGCAGGACACGAUGGCAAACAUGUCCAAGGAGGACCUUGCCAAGUGGACCGGCCGCGCGCAGACGGUCGCCCGCUGGACGGCAAAGCCGCUCGCCCUCUACCGGAAGGUCUCCUCCCUCGUGCCGCCAACCUACCUGCUCGCCGGCUAGGUCGCUCUCUUCGCGCUAAUGGUGUACGGUCACCAAACCGACUCCUUCUGACGCGCCCGCCUCGUUGCCGCCGCGCCCCUCUCUCCGCGGACUGCCCAACACGCGCUGCUGCCCACGUGUAUCUCUCUGUCUCUCUUCGUCUCUUGCCUCCUACGCGCCUGCCUCGCCUCUUGCCCCGCGCGCACGCGGGCGCAAUGCCACUUGCACGCUCUACCGCUUGUGUGUCCAUGGCACACACGGUCGCUGCGCGCGGCGGUUCGCAAACCGCCAGUGCGCCGCCGCGCGCAGCUCGGUCGCGGCGGCCCUUGUGAGGGGCUGAGGGCUGUGCAGCCCUCACAAGGUGUGUGCGCGAGAGGCCACACACCGCGGCGACCUCCACACGAUGCGCCGCAAUCCCACACACGCCUCGCGCGCGCGCCCGACUAUAUGGGUUAAUAUCCGUGAGCUCGCGACCCGCAUGAUUUUU